CAUAAGUACAUCAUUGGGCUCAAUCCAUCUAGUAUUUAUAGUUGUAAUCGUUUUGUGAAUUUUCAUCACCAUCUAUUCUGUCUUUUGAUAUAUUCUCUGGCUUAGUUAUUCUCUUACAAUUUUUAGUUCUUCAUUCAUUUUUAUUUCCAUUCCAUCCAUUUCUUCCAUCAAUCAUUCACCAUGUCGAGUACUAUUACCACGACUGCCGAAGGUGAUCAUGCUCACCGGUUGCACGAAGCAGUAGUACGUUCUACCACACAAAUUGUGGAAUCUCAACAAGCUGCUAUGGAAGCGAUGUUCUGUAAGCUUAUUGAAUGCCAAGCAUAUAAUCAUCAUCAGAUGUUAGAAUUGUUAACAUCAAUUAACAAAGGACUUGCAGAACUAAAUCAUCGAAAUGUGUUACUAGCAAAUAGUGUUCCUAGUAAUAUUCAGAAAGAAGAAGCAGGUGAAGUCGUCGAAAAUGAAUUGCCAGGUGACAAUAAGCAAUUGCACAAAGAGGAUGAGGAUCAAGUGGGUGAAGAAGCUCCGGUAGCGGAUGGCCGAGUGACUCAUGAGAUAAAUGAAGAAGAUGAUGAUCAAGUGAAUGAAGAGGCUCUCCUAGAGGAUGCCCAAGUGACACAAGAUCUAAAUGAAGAAGAUGAUCAAGUGAAUGAAGAGGCUCUCCUAGAGGAUGUCCAAGUGACACAAGAGCUAAAUGAAGAAGAUGAUCAAGUGAAUGGAGAGGCUCCGGUAGAGCAUGGUCAAGUGACUCAAGGGCUAACUGAAGAAGACUUUUUAUUACUUUUUGCUCGGUUGCUAACUGAAGGUCAAGUGACUCAUGAGAUAAAUGAAGAAAAUGAUGAUCAAGUGAAUGAGGAUGGUCAAGUGACUCAUGAGAUAAAUGAAGAAGAUGGUGAUCAAGUAAAUGAAGAGGCUCCGGUGACAGUUGAGAUACAUGAAGAAGGUGCUCAUCGAGAAAGUGUUUGUGAUUUUAGUGGGUUGGAGCCCCUAUGUGAAGCUGUAGACCAAAAAGACUGGAAAACGGCUAUCAAAUAUGUUAUGAGUAAUCAAACAACCAUUGAAGAAAUUUUUAGAGUAAGAGAUUUAGGAAAAGAAAUUGAAGUGAUAUUUGGGAAAGCUGUAUUCGCGUCACAGUGGAAUUUGGUGGAGGAGAUUGCAAAACUAGCUCCACCAAAAGCACUUGAGCGUUUGAAUGCUCUGAAUGGUUUUACAAUACUGCACAUGGCUGCAGCGUAUGGAAAUAUUAAAAUUGUUCAGGCGCUGGUAAACAAAACCCGUACUUGA